AACGGGGCACAAGCGAGGGGCUUGUCGAGGCCGUCGCUUCCCGGGCUGUGGUGUGUGGUGGGGCCUUGGGGAGCCGAGGCCGCGGAGGGGAGCGGGCCGGCGACACCCCGCUGCGCGCGGCCGGCGUGCGUGCGUGCGGGCGCUCGCGCGCGGGCCCAGGCCUGGCGCGGGCGGCGGAGGCGGGCGGCGGCGGCGGCGCCUGCGCGGUCGGGCUCGGUCGACGGUUCGCAGGGGAGGAGGAGGAGGAGGAGGCGGCGGGAGGCGGAGGAGGCGGCGGCGGUGAUGGAGGUGAAGCGGCUGAAAGUGACCGAGCUGCGGUCGGAGCUGCAGCGGCGGGGCCUGGACUCGCGCGGCCUCAAGGUGGAUCUGGCUCAGCGGCUGCAGGAGGCGCUGGACGCCGAGAUGCUCGAGGACGAGGCCGGCGGUGUCGGGGCCGGGCCCGGCGGGGCCUGCAAGGCGGAGCCUCGGCCUGUGGCCGCGUCGGGCGGCGGCCCGGGCGGGGACGAGGAGGACGACGAAGAGGAGGAGGAGGAGGACGAGGAGGACGAGGAGGCGCUGCUUGAGGACGAAGACGAAGAGUCACCCCCUGCUCAGGCCGCGCAGCCGCCUCCAGAGCCUCCGGAGGCCGCAGCCAUGGAGGCCGAGCCCGAGGCGGAGCCGGAGGCCGAGCCCGAGCCCGAGCCUGAGCCCGAGCCUGAGGCCGAGCCCGAGCCCGAGCCCGAUGCUCCCGAAAAGGCGACGGAGGCCGCCGCCGGCUCCGGGGGGGUCAAUGGUGACGAAGAGCAGGGCCCCGGCAAAGGGGAGGAAGACGAGCCCGAGGAGCGCAGCGGGGACGAGGCGCCCGGCGACAAGGCCGCGGAGGAGCCGGGAGAUGAACAAGAUAGUGAAAAGUCAAAACCAGCAGGCUCAGAUGGUGAGCGGCGGGGGGUAAAGAGACAGCGGGAUGAGAAGGAUGAACAUGGCCGAGCUUACUAUGAAUUCCGAGAGGAGGCUUACCACAGCCGCUCAAAGUCUCCACCACCCCCUGAAGAAGAGGCCAAAGAUGAGGAGGAGGAUCAGACUGUUGUGAACCUGGACACGUAUACCUCCGAUCUCCAUUUCCAAGUGAGCAAAGACCGCUAUGGGGGACAGCCACUUUUCUCAGAGAAGUUCCCCACCCUUUGGUCUGGGGCAAGGAGUACUUACGGAGUAACUAAAGGAAAAGUCUGCUUCGAGGCCAAGGUGACCCAGAAUCUCCCAAUGAAAGAAGGCUGUACAGAAGUUUCUCUCCUUCGAGUUGGGUGGUCUGUUGAUUUUUCCCGUCCACAGCUUGGUGAAGAUGAAUUUUCUUAUGGUUUUGAUGGACGAGGACUCAAGGCAGAGAACGGACAGUUUGAGGAGUUUGGCCAGACUUUUGGAGAGAGUGAUGUCAUUGGCUGUUUCGCGAAUUUUGAGAAUGAAGAAAUAGAACUUUCUUUCUCCAAGAAUGGAGAAAAUCUCGGUGUGGCAUUCCGGAUCAGCAAGGAGUCCCUGGCAGAGCGGGCGCUUCUACCCCAUGUCCUCUGCAAAAAUUGUGUUGUAGAAUUAAACUUUGGUCAGAAGGAGGCGCCUUUCUUCCCACUGCCAGAAGAGUUUGUGUUCAUCCACGCCGUGCCUGUUGAAGAGCGUGUGCGCACUGCAGUCCCUCCCAAGACCAUAGAGGAGUGUGAGGUGAUUCUGAUGGUGGGACUUCCUGGCUCUGGAAAGACUCAGUGGGCACUGAACUACGCAAAAGAAAAUCCUGAGAAAAGAUACAAUGUCCUGGGGGCUGAGACUGUGCUCAAUCAGAUGAGGAUGAAGGGACCGGAGGAGCCAGAGAUGGACCCCAAAAGCCGAGAUCUGUUAGUUCAGCAAGCCUCCCAGUGCCUUAGUAAACUGGUCCAGAUUGCUUCCCGGACAAAGAGGAACUUCAUCCUUGAUCAGUGUAAUGUGUACAACUCGGGCCAGCGGCGGAAACUCCUCCUGUUCAAGACCUUCUCUCGGAAGGCAGUGGUAGUGGUCCCUAAGGAGGAGGACUGGAAGAAGAGGCUGGAGCUGAGGAAGGAGGUGGAAGGGGACGAUGUGCCUGAGUCCAUAAUGCUGGAGAUGAAAGCCAACUUCUCGCUGCCUGAAAAAUGCGACUAUCUGGAUGCAGUGACCUACGGGGAGCUGGAGAAGGAGGAAGCCCAGCCCAUUGUCACCAAGUACCGGGAGGAGGCCCGGAAGCAGCUGCCCCCCUCUGAGAAGCGGACUAACCGCCGCAACAACCGCAACAAGCGCAACCGGCAGAACCGAAGCCGGGGCCAAGGCUACGUGGGCGGGCAGCGCCGAGGCUACGACAACCGGGCCUACGGGCAGCAGUACUGGGGGCAGUCUGGAAACAGAGGGGGUUACCGUAACUUCUAUGAUCGAUACCGGGGAGACUAUGAUCGAUUCUACGGGCGAGAUUAUGAGUACAACAGAUACAGGGACUAUUACAGACAGUACAACCGGGAUUGGCAGAAUUACUACUACCACCACCCCCAGGACAGAGACCGAUACUACAGGAACUACUACGGUGGUUACCAGGGGUAUCGGUGAAGCCCCUGCUAUUGACGCCUGUCAGCCAUGAAGCUGAAUCUGGGGGUGCCAGCACCCCCCAAAACACAACCAAGGAAAACAGGGGCUGUCGGGGUGGGGGCUGAGCUGCCAGGGAGGGAUGGUGGGGGGAGGGUACGCAAGCAGGGGUGGGGGAGGGGGGUGGAAACAAACCACAAAACUGUACAUUUUUUUUAAAGUUUGUUGAAAAGAAUAUUGUCUUAUUCUAUAAAACAUUUCAAACCUAGGUAGGUAUUUGUAAUCAAAAAAAAUUUUUGCUGAAAAAGCAGCACUUAGGGCUGCCUGUUCUGUACCCUGCAGUUGGACAGGAAAAGAACUGAAAACGUCACCCUUCUGAUAGAUUUAAGGUAGCUGAACUGGCAGCCAAGCAACGGCAAAUGGAGAGGAUGGGAAGGCAGCGUGGGGGUUCUCCCCAGACAGGUAGCAGCAGGCAGGAAUGGGCACAGAGUGAGCUUGUGACCAGGCAGUGAAAAUAAACUAUUGGCUCUUAUCAAUCACUUGCA